AUGCAAAAGGGCCUCCCGUAUCCCGUCAUCUACCGGCGGGAUCCGGGAACACGUGUCCCGUCCCCACCCCAUUCCGCCCCCACCCUGAAAGGCUAUCGAUCGUCUGCACCGACAUUUACGGCAAACGAGUUAACCACAGCUGCCUUAUCAGGUCUUAAGAUUAUUAAUAAUUUCAAGGGAACCAGGCCUAAUUCGGUACAAAAGUGUGUUAUCAAUACCCAACUAAUUGCUUCAAAGGACGGCACCUUUUCAACAUCGACAGAAGACACAGCCCGGAUACAGAACGACGGCGUCGCGCCGGACAAUGUCUACUUCGACGAUGAGGGGUCCGGCGUAGCGCCUGACGAGAGCUCCGGAUCCGGCUGGGGCGCAGGACCAGGCCCGGACGACGAGGACGGCCGGGCCGGAUCAGGUGACGCACCGGACGGCGACAGCGAUGACGAAGACUUUGUGCGACCAACCAAGGCCCCCGCCACCGAAACUCCCCGGAUAAUGCCCGACGAGUCGUCCGUGUCCGGGGUGGCUGUCGUGCCUGAGACCGUGGACAAUUUCCUCGAUUCACUCAUACCGGACACGAAUAUAUCGCCGGACUCGAACAUCUCGGAGACCGAACACCCGAUCCCCCCACCAGAUCAGACGUUCGAUGUAGAAAUUCCUCGCAUCUUGAAGCCAAGCGAAGGAGCAGUAGAUACUAGAGCAGGAGGCGCGAGGGAAGAAGUAGCCUCGCGCCCUGAAACAGACAUUAGCAUCUCUGGAGAGGACCUUAAUCCAGAUAUUGACCACGAGCCAUCCGGUUCCAACGUGAACGCUGAGUCGCGGCCGGCGGACAACGUAGUUUUUAUCAUGAACGCCAAGCCCGAGGACCGCGCUGCCAGCUUCUUCGCGCAACCGGGCAUCCUAGCCGCUGUGAUCGGCGGUGCCGUAGUUGGGUUGCUGUGCGCAAUACUGGUCGUAAUGUUCAUAGUAUAUCGCAUGCGCAAGAAGGACGAAGGCUCAUACGCACUGGAUGAGCCGAAGAGAAGCCCCGCCGCAGCGUCCUACGGGAAGGGACACAACAACCGCGAGUUCUACGCGUGAGACGACGCAGAACAAACCAUGCCACGUGUGUACUAACCGGCGUCUCCGACCACACUGCCGAGUCCGUCGUUUGGAACGCCGUUAUUUUUUGAAUUAUGACAGAUCACGUUCCGAUUCAAGCAUAUAUUUACUUUUAUAGCGUGGCUAAAAUUGUUCUGUGAAUAUAAGAAAAAGUUCCGACGAAUUAAAUGUAUUGUUUAAUUUUUAAUAAUUUAACAAGAUUUAUGUACGGAUUGUACUGUAAAAUGUAUAAAUCUUGUACAGAUUUAACGAAGGAAUUAUUUGAUAAUAACAAUUAAAUUUAUUAUUGAAAAAAAUAUCAAAUUCAGACCAAUUUAUGGAGUGUGGUGUUGAAUGAAAUUAUUAUGAUGGAAUAAUAUCUAAGUGUAUUAAAUAUAACUUCUUUAUACUUAUUAUUGAAGACCAAUGAACUUGUGUGUUUAUAAUCAUCGUUGUAUUUCAUCUUGUGACGCAUAGAGAUCUUGGUGUUAAACUGUAAAAAUCAAUGUGCCAUCUGCUUCUAAUGAUUUAUCUUCGCGUAGACUGUUAAUUGUAAAAUCUCAAAGUCUAUGGACUUGUCCAUACUAUAAUUUUAUCUAUGAUAUAUAUUAUAAUAAUUAUAUUCAUUUCCGUACGUAUAAAGAAUUUCACUAAAUUCUAAGUAGGUUUAAUGCAAAAAAAAGGAAUAAAAGCCAUUAAAGACUUUAAAUUUUCUCAACGAACGUUUUUGUGUUUUGUGUAUAAUAAAAAAAAAGUCAUAUCAUUUGCACAGAAAAAUAAACAAUAAAUAUUGAUGUUCCUCUAUAUAAAAUAUAUUGUCAAUUUUUUAUUCAAUUUGUUAAUGUAUUAAUAAAUUACAAUUUUACAGUAUAUAUUGUAAAAUAAAAUUGUUGUUUAGGGUGACAAAAUGACUGUUGAUUUGGCUAUGAAUUUGAGGCAAAAAUUGGAUUUAUUAUAAUAUAAAAUCUAUGAUACGUUUAGUUUCUUAAGUUACGACUAUUUUAAUCUAGGUUGUGCAACGAAAUGUAUUUAUUUAAAUAUGUUUCUAUUCUCAUAAUUUUCUUAUCAUGUAUCAACUUUUGUGCCAUCUGCUUCAUUUAGUUCUGUUUUAAUAUAAGCUUAACUUAUUAAUAUCCAUAAUCUUUUAUGUUUUAGAGGAUCAAUUGAUUGGUAUAAUGUUUCUUUUAAAAUAAAUGGGCAUUACAUUUAAGACAGAUAAAAUUUUCGUAAUAGUAAAUUAAUAAAUUAAUAUUUAAU